AGUAGGAAGUGAAUAACCAAACCCAAAAACUUGAAAAUGAUUAAACUUAAAAAUAUUAGUAUUUAUAAGCUUGAUUUUAGGGGGAAAAAAAACAAUAAACAAAAAGAAAAAUCAAACCCUAUAAUUUUCAAAUUUUAGCCCCAUAAAAACAAACCGUUAUUUUCUCUGUUUCAUAUGUUCCACCACUUCCAUUGGCGCCAAAGCUUAAUUUCAGAACUUCCCAAAGUUUUCCCGCGAUAUCAAGAUGGAGAAAAAGAUGAAAGACUACCAAACUCCACAGAGAGAUCAAACCGCAAAUCGUAGAUCAAGGAAGCCUCAGAAGAUCGCCAAAUGCUUGACUGCUACAUUUUCAUCACUUUCCGACGACAAAAUCCAGCCAAUUUCUAAGGAAGACUUCUCUCCGAUUUCCGUUGUCACAGACAUCAAUCAAAUUCCAGAUAUCGAUAGUAAUUUCUUGCAAGGUGUUAAUCCGGCAUUUUCUGCUUCUUGUGAGACCUCGCUUUUCGCCGAUCUCUCUCCAUCUUCAGUUGUCAGUUUUGACAAUGAACAGCUUGACAAGGUUCCAGUUAAUUUUUCUGGAUCUAAUGAUAUGGAUGAAGCAAGCGCGGGUUCAGUAGAGGUACAGAUUGCUGUGAAUUCUCUAAGGCGUGCUCUAACUCAAGUCCUGCAAUCGACGGAUGUUGAUCAUCAGUCUAAGAAGCUUAUUGAUGCAUCCAUGAGUAUCAUUGUGGACGACUUCCUUGCUAUACCUCAAGAGCGAGAUCAGAUUGCUCAACUUAUUUCUGUCAAAAAUCAUGUUCUCUCUCUGUGUGUAUUCCUGUGGAUCAUCGUCUUGGCCAUAGCUUUCUUUCUCGGUUCGGGAGUCAAGAGCUCUUUCAUCGGGCCAUUGCCAACUUAAACUUGCGAAGAUAUCCAUUGUUUAAGCAUCAGAGGUUAGAUCUUAAUUGAUUUUGUUGUAACUUCUUACCUUUGAAUUGGACGUUGCCUGUUUCAUCUUCCUACCUAAGAAAUCUGCUAAACCUUGAAAGUUUGUAGUCAAAAGUUAACAGUG